UACAGAGCAACAUUAUUCUCGUGUUUCCCCACGGAAAAUAAUAGAGGGAGCACCAAAAUGGCGACCUCCUUACUUCGGCUAGGACGACUGGGGUCUCUCAAGGUUAUCCAAAAAGAGAGCUGGGGCCUUUUGAGGAGCUCCUCUGCCGCAGCAUUCUGCACCAAGGCGGGGGGGACAAAGAAAGCUCUUAAAAAGGCGACGGCUACAAAGGUGGCAGCGGCACCUCCAGAACCAGCCCCCCCCGAGCCUUUCGACAACAGCACUUAUAAGAACCUCCAGCACCACAACUACAACCAUUACACCUUCGCAGACCUGGACCUGGAGAUGGCCAAGUACCGUCUGCCCCAGCCCUCCUCCGGCAGACCCUCCCCCAGGCACUGAGACAGCCCGUCCAGCCUGGACCCCAGGCACAAUGUCCCCAGACAGCAUGUCCCUGAUCCCGCUGCCCAACACAACCACCCCAUGUGUAUUUUUUAGUAUGAUAGUGAAUUCCCCUUGUACUUUACGAUCCCUAAGACGUGCUUGUAAUUCUAUUAUAAGAAAUCUAUUAUAUUAAACUACACAAAAAAGG